CGCAGCCCCGGGAGCGGCGGCGGCCUCAGCGGGACGGGCCGGACAGCGGCCGGCGGCGAAUGGGGACACGGAGUUGGUCCGGCGGCCGAUUUCGGCCCUACCUCCUCGUUCCUGCCACCGGCCCACCCGGAAUCCAGAGAGACUCAGUAGCAGAGUGAACGGAGCAGGACAGAACCUGGAGAGCAGGUGGAUUCCAGAUUUUCCUAGGUGGAUGUAGCAAGAGAAGUUCCGAAAUGGAGGUCAGAACUUCAUUACAGAAGGUUGGUGUGUCAUCGGAUUCUGUGGCGAUCGUCAACAAUGAAGAAUUUGUUUUGGUUCCUCAGCAGGCAGAUGACACAUCUGUGAAAGAUGAUGAAAAGCCUCAACUGAAGAUAGUUUCAAAUGGCGAUGAGCAGCUAGAAAAGGCCAUGGAAGAGAUUUUGAGGGAUUCGGAGAAAGGCCAAAGCAAUAAUGCUCUUGACUGCAGCAACAUCAGUGAGACAUCCAGAGAGUCAUCCAGAGAGAUCGCAACCACCCCCAAAACUAAGCCUUCUCUCCAGUUAAUAUUGGACCCUUCCAAUACAGAAAUUUCUACGCCCCAAAUGCCUUCUCCCAGUGAACUCCCAGAGGAACACAGUGUUUUAUUUAACAAACUGACAUACUUAGGAUGCAUGAAGGUUUCUUCACCUCGCAGUGAAACAGAAGCUCUUCGGGCAAUGGCCACCAUGAAAUCUUCAAGUCCAGCACGUUUCCCAGUGACCCUCUAUGUGCCAAAUGAUGAAGAAGGUUCUGUAAGAAUAAUAGACCAAUCUGGCAAUAUAGAGAUUGCCUCUUUUCCAAUCUACAAGGUGUUGUUCUGUGCACGUGGACACGAUGGGACGUUGGAAGCUGAUUGCUUUGCAUUUACCGAGAGCUCCCAAGGGACAGAAGAAUUUCAGAUACAUGUUUUUUCCUGUGAGAUUCAAGAGGCGGUCAGCAGAAUUCUUUAUAGCUUCCAUACUGCAUUUAAACGUUCUUCCAAACCAGUGCCCGAUGUUAAGGAUUCAGUUCUUCCCACCCCGGACAGUGAUGUAUUCACUUUCAGGGUCUCUUUAGAGGUUAAAGAAGAUGAUGGAAAAGGAAAUUUUAGCCCAGUGCCUAAGGACCGAGAUAAAUUUUAUUUCAAAAUGAAACAGGGAAUUGAGAAGAAGGUUGUGAUCACAGUGCAACAACUUUCCAACAAAGAAUUAGCUAUCGAAAGGUGCUUUGGAAUGUUGUUAAGCCCAGGUCGAAAUGUGAAGAACAGUGAUAUGCAUUUGUUGGAUAUGGAGUCCAUGGGAAAGAGUGCUGAUGGGCGAGCAUAUGUUAUAACUGGAAUGUGGAAUCCCAACGUGCCCACAUUUCUGGCUCUAAAUGAAGAAACUCCCAAAGAUAAACGGGUGUACAUGACUGUAGCAGUGGAUAUGGUAGUCACCGAGGUAGUGGAGCCUGUCCGCUUCUUGCUGGAGACCGUGGUCCGUGUCUAUCCUGCAAAUGAGCGCUUCUGGUAUUUCAGUAGAAAGACGUUCACAGAGACUUUCUACAUGAAGCUGAAACAGUCUGAAGGAAAAGGCCAUUCAAGUGUCGGGGAUGCCAUUUAUGAGGUGGUGAGUCUCCAGAGAGAAUCAGAAAAAGAAGAGCCGAUCAGUCCGACAAGUGGAGGGGGCCCUCUGUCCCCACAGGAGGAUGAGCCAGAAGAGGAGAGUGAUAACGAGCUGUCAAGCGGUACAGGUGAUGUGUCUAAGGAUUGUCCAGAGAAGAUCUUGUAUUCUUGGGGAGAAUUACUAACAAAAUGGCACAAUAACCUUGGUGUGCGGCCAAAAGGGCUAUCUACUUUGGUGAAGAGUGGAGUCCCAGAAGCCUUAAGGGCAGAGGUAUGGCAGCUACUUGCAGGAUGCCAUGACAACCAAGCAAUGCUGGAUAAAUACCGACUUCUCAUCACAAAGGACUCCGCCCAGGAGAGCGUUAUUACUCGCGAUAUUCAUCGCACAUUUCCUGCGCAUGAUUAUUUCAAGGACACUGGAGGAGAUGGGCAGGAAUCACUGUACAAGAUCUGCAAGGCUUAUUCUGUCUAUGAUGAAGACAUUGGCUAUUGUCAGGGACAGUCUUUCCUUGCCGCUGUAUUGCUGCUGCAUAUGCCGGAAGAGCAGGCAUUCUGUGUAUUGGUGAAGAUCAUGUAUGACUAUGGCCUGAGGGACCUUUACAAAAACAACUUUGAAGAUCUUCACUGCAAGUUUUAUCAGCUGGAAAGGCUAAUGCAGGAGCAGUUACCGGAUCUGCAUAGCCAUUUCUGUGAUUUGAAUCUGGAAGCCCACAUGUAUGCAUCCCAGUGGUUUCUCACCCUUUUUACUGCCAAGUUUCCACUCUGCAUGGUCUUCCACAUCAUUGAUUUACUGCUUUGUGAGGGGCUAAACAUAAUCUUUCAUGUCGCUCUGGCUCUCCUAAAGACCUCAAAAGAAGAUCUUUUGCAGGCUGAUUUUGAAGGCGCCUUGAAGUUCUUCCGAGUUCAGCUUCCAAAGAGGUACAGAGCAGAAGAGAAUGCAAGAAGACUGAUGGAACAGGCAUGCAACAUUAAGGUGCCCACCAAGAAGCUGAAGAAAUAUGAGAAAGAAUAUCAAACGAUGCGGGAGAGUCAGCUGCAACAGGAAGAUCCUAUGGACAGAUACAAGAGGGAGAACCGGCGGCUUCAGGAAGCCAGCAUGCGGCUAGAACAGGAGAACGAUGACCUUGCCCACGAACUAGUAACAAGCAAAAUCGCCCUGCGGAAUGACUUGGACCAGGCCGAGGACAAGGCGGACGUCUUGAACAAAGAGCUGCUCCUAACCAAACAGAGACUGGUGGAGACUGAAGAAGAGAAGCGGAAGCAAGAGGAAGAAACGGCUCAGCUGAAAGAAGUCUUCAGGAAACAGCUAGAGAAGGCAGAAUCUGAAAUAAAGAAAACUACAGCCAUCAUUGCCGAAUAUAAACAGAUUUGUUCCCAGCUGAGUACCAGGCUGGAGAAGCAGCAAGCAGCGAGCAAGGAGGAACUGGAAGUUGUGAAGGGAAAAGUGAUGGCGUGCAAACACUGCAGUGAGAUUUUCAGUAAGGAGGGGGCCCUGAAGUUGCCCAUCAUAAGCAGAGAGAACGAGGGGACAGAAACGGAUGACGAGAAGGACUCCCUUAAGAAGCAGCUGAGGGAGAUGGAGCUGGAACUCGCACAGACCAAACUGCAGCUGGUGGAAGCCAAGUGCAAAAUCCAGGAGCUUGAGCAUCAGAGGGGAGCCCUCAUGAAUGAAAUCCAAGCUGCCAAAAACUCUUGGUUUAGCAAAACCCUGAACUCUCUCAAAACAGCCACGAGCACUCAGCCUCCCCAGCAGCCUCAGCCCUCUCAGCCACCCAGAGAGAGUACAUAGUUGCAACCACGCCCCCAAGCAAAAGAGCACAAAGAUCAAAGCAACUGGAGCCCUGGAGGAUUUUCCCACUGUCCUUUGGGGAAAACGAGGAUGACCAGGGAGCAAGCCUUGAACCGAAAUUCUUCAGCACCUUUCAUUCAAAGUUCAAAAGGAAGUUAUUUAAAAAGUCCUCUUUUCUGUUCAGUACUUACUUUCCAUCAGCCUUGGCAAAGGCCAUGUUCAGAUCCCUCAUGUGUUUACACAUUAUUUUAUUUGCCUAGAUGUUAAAAAAAAUAAACCAUUCAGAAGCCAUUGUUCAUGUGGAACUAACUAAUUACUCUUGUAUCUUGCAUAAAGCAGUAGGAUUUUCUUUUUUUUUUAUUCAGGAUUGAUGUGGUGGGACCCAGGAUGUCAAGGUAAGGAAAGGCUCUGGUUGGAAAAUUUAGAAAGCGCCAGGUCAUGACAAAUGUCUAAGCCCUCGUCCUGGAGGUCUCACAUCCUUCUCAUGGCGGGCGGGCCAAAGGCCAAGCAGGCUUCUGGCCCGAUUCCAUUUUUAUUCCUUGUGGUAGAAGUGUGGACACGAUACUGACAUUUGACCUGCGGGGUCCUGGUGUCCUGGGUUUUCCCAAGCCAGACGCCGUAGCAGGGAGAACGGGGAUUGGAAUAAUCCCGCCGAUCCAGCCACCCCCUGGCCACUGGCCUCUUCUUUAGAGUCCUGAACAUGGCUUUGCAGCAGGACAAAAAUUCCUUUUGUGUUUGUCCUCGAGAAAGGUUGGCAAUCACAACCGUUGUGGGCAGGGAUCUCAUCAACCAACUCUUUGGUCCUGUACUUUUCCAAGCGCUUAGUACAGUGUUCCUCACCCAGUAAGCGCUUAAUAAGUACCACUGACCGAUUGAUUUGAUUUUGAAUCUUAUUUUAGCAUCCCAGCAAAUCAGUAGAGCAUAAAGUGGCUGUGAAAAGUAGCCAAAAAAACUUGCACCAGGAUGGCAGGGCUCUGGCGGCAGCCUUGGGCCCAGGAUCGAAACCUCCUACUUGCAAGUAAGUGGAGGAGAGAGACGGGUGGUGGGAGGCUGUUCAUUUUGACACAGCCACUUAGGAAACACUAAUGCCAUAUGCACUAAAUCUGUUGUGCUAUAAGACAACUUCUAAAUCUUUUAGUCGAAUGCUUGGAAACUUUUUUCGGGUAACAUCUGUAUCUCUAAAAAUGUGUGCCGUUUUUAUCUCUAUGGCAAGGAGGUGUGAAGACAUUUGUAAUGUUUUCUGAUUGAAUAUAAAAAUGUUUAUAGAAAUACUUAUUUCAUGGAAAAUUGAAACUAUUGCUUAAAAAAUUGAUGGAAAUAUUUUUUUAUUAUAUUUAACUUGUCUAUAUAUAUAUAUAUAUAUUUGCAAAUAUAUAUAUAUAUAUAUAUAUAGACCUGGCAAGGAAAUUUCUCAGCUGAGCCAAAAAGGUUUAGUUGAGUUUUGAGUUUCCCAGGUUCUAAACUGUUCCGCAAUAUUCUGUCUACCCUGUUUAAUAAAGAUUAACAAGACUCAUCUUUGGUUUAUUGUUAAGCAGAUUGUUUGCAAAGGAUAUAAAAAUGCUAGAACGGUGUAACUCUCAUCCUGGCCAAAUGUUUCAUUCAGAAAAGGAACCGGUUCUUGAAAGCGGUCGUCAAAAUACAGCCAACUCCACUCUGGGUAAAAUCGGAGCAGUUUGAUCACUCAGAGUGUCUUUUUCCCAAGGUGCAUAUUAAUCCCUCAAAUGUAAAGUCCACUCAAUUAUAACUUUAAAAAAGAUCCUCGAGAGUAUAAAGUUUGCCUGGAAAAUAUGCUCUUUGUUCCAUCCACUACAGUUUGGCUAAACAGAAGCAUGUUUUGGCCUAAUAUUUUUCCCGAUGUUUAUUUCCUUUUAUCAGAGAAAAAUUCCCCAGUGUUUCCAAAUUGUGGAAAUUCCGUUUGUCAUAUUUUGGCUUGUUUAUCAGUAGAACCGAAUGUAGUGCCUGAAAAUGCGUUUGACUUUUAAAGUGGAAAUAUAGUCCCUGCCGAGCCCGUCAGAUUGCUAACUCUGAUUUCCAUAUAACCUGAAGGCAGACCUAAACACUCCAGUCACUCUUUUCUUGGUAGGUGUGGAAGCAGAAAAUGACUAUAUAAAAAGAACACUCUCUUACCAGCUCAUUUACUCAUCUUGAUCAUACAGUUAUGGAUGUAACUUUGCUGACUCUCAUCUGAUUUUGGUCCUAUGGAUCCUGCCUAGGCAGCCAGGAUUUCUUUCUGAAUAAAAUUACCACCGAUUCUUCUCUCUUGGUAGACAACUCCCAUCAUUCUCCUGCAGGGUUUGUUUCCUCUGGUUUCUACAGAACAGUAUGUGCCAGGAGACUUGGACACGUUCCUGCAGAAUCUUCCUUAGUGAGAAGUGAGACAUGGGUAGAAUGACCAGGUAUCGUCCAUCCCUAUGCUGACAGUUGCCUCCGGGUUGACUAGCAGAGCACUUCUCCAGGCCCCAGGGCUCCUAAAUCCUGAUGGGUAGUUCUCAGGUUUUCAAGGCCAGAGGAAACAGCGUUCACUCCGGUAUCUGGAAAGUCUGGGAACUUGACUCCAUUGCCAUAUUCUAAAUUGGAGUGUGACACUCUGGUGUUUCACUGAGUUAUAUUUUGACUCCAGCAAUAGAAUUUCCGUAGGAGUGAUUGAGUGUAGAAAUAUGAAAUUCUAUACAGGAUCAUUUUUACACACCCGUCUGAUGGGCCAGUAGUUUUUUCAGAGAGUAAAAAUAAUGCAGCUUAAGGAGUUGUUGAAGGGAGAAACCUUCCUGAUAGAGAAACAAUUUUGGAACCUGGCAUUUGGAAAAGUUAUAUAUAAAUCAGAUUUUCGGGUGAUGCUCUCAGUGCUGAAUGUCAGAAACACUGACAUUCCUCCCCCCUUCCCUUGUUGGGUAGGGUCUGGCAUGACCUGAAGUGCCAUGAAUUCGUUCUUAGUGCCUAGGCAGGCGGGCGUAUGGGCCGGCAACAGCAGCAUUGAGUGCAGUCCAACAAGAGCUGGUGUUUGGCAUGUAGAGGAGGCUCAUUUAAUGGGUUGGAACAGCACUAGCCAAACAUAUCCACAGCCAAAUAUGACUUUAAAACUCCUUCCAAGAAUAGGAAACCAUAGCUUCACAUUAACUAAUUUUGAAAAUUAGUCCUUUUCACCAGAUGUGAAAAUUAGCCCUUUAGCAAAUGGACAAAGUACCAACACCCAGAAAGUCCUCAAAGGCCUCUGGAGCAUUUUUAUUUUCUGACAUGAUCGCUUUACCUUCGUAUGCUCAUCCCUUCCUAUAAUACAAGUGCAGAAAAAGGCCAGCCCAAAGCCUCAACCCUUCCAGCAUUCUUAAAACAGGAGUCAUUUUUCCCUAGGGCGAAUUCAGCCCUGAAACCACAGGUUGAGAGAUGAAGAAAGAUCAGUGCUACUUGAAGAACCUGUUCAUUUGCUGUUCGUCCCCUGAGGUUCUUAAGUCUCAAAGAAAACAAAGCCAAAUUUAGUGCUGUAAGUGUUUAAUAAAUUCACACACCCUGAGUUAUCCAAAGGAUGGUUAUCUAUAGAAAACCAGUCUCAUUCAGGGAAAUUUGAAGUUUCUUUAGUUCUCUGUAUAUAUCUGCAUUUAUCAGAACCUGUAGUAAAGAUGCCUUAGUUUCACAACUCUAUUGCCUUGUGUCUAGGACAGCUGUGCAUCCUGACUCUUAGCAGUGCUUUUCUGUGACUUGGGUUUCAUUUCCCCAUUAGAAAAGCAGUCUGAUCUUUGGGUUCAGAGUCCAUGUGCUCUAACGUUUAUCAUGUUUCAUCAUUUGCUUCCAGUUUUUAAAACCUCCUCAGCGGUCACUUUAUUUGCCUUUCUCUCCUAUAUCAUUUGUCGAAAAAGCUCACCUAGCUGAGAAUUUGGCUCUACAUCCAUGCCAGAGGGGAGAAUUGAGCAGUCCAGGGAUCAAGAGCUUACAAGCCACUUGAGUCUUAGAAUCCAGGACGAGCAGGUUAGAUUCACCUAGGAGGAGAGCCACUUAGAAGACUUGACUGCAAAUUGACUUGACCCCCAAGAGCCAGGCUUUGCUAGAAACUCUUGGGCUUUCUUUGACUAGUGGUUGAAAGUGAAAUGCCAAAUGGACUCUAGCACUGUUUCCACAAACACUAAGGUAUAGUGGUUGGGGGAAUCCAAGGAUCUCUUUCCCUAUAAUUUUUCAAAAUUCUAUUGAAACCUUACUUGCCUUGUCUUUCUAGGAAAAAGAAUGUUGGGAGCCCUGAGCAAGGAGGUAACGUCACACCCGAUACAUUGUUAGGAUAAGUGAUUUAAUAAGCUUUAAACCAUGUCAGUUUAAUCCCAGAAUGGCACUGCUUGUUGGAGAAGGCCAAGAAAACAGGCAAGUUUAAAUUUUAUGAUUUGCAGAUACAAGGCUAUUUUAGCCAAAGUUGCUCAAUCAAUGCCCUUUAAACUCUUAAUUUUGUGUCACUCUAGACAUGGUAUUGUGCAACUACAUGGAUCUGAAAGCAGCAAAAAGACCUGAAUUAUUUCUCCCAUCAAAUACCAACCCUAUUCCAUUCUUCUUUCUUCUGGUUGCUUCCCUGGUCUUUCACUGUCUGCUUCUUUGCCACAAAACACAGUCUUAUGCUAAGACUUGUCUUUUCUUCACAGGAGGUUCCCAUGUCAUGCUAAGUAGGAUGUUACCUUCCCAACCUCUCAUAAAGGAUUUAAUAGGUGGGAUGAACAAAUGUAGAAAGUGGGUGCUUAGGAAUCCGAAAGUAUUUAAAAGCAGAGGUCACUCUCCCCAGAUGCCAUCACUCCCCAGAUUCCAUCACUCUCUCCAGAUGCCAGCAGCUGCUAAACUCUCUAUUUUUCCCCUAGUCCAUAAGUCAGCAAGUUAAAUAGGAAACUUAUCCUUUGGACUAGUAUGUCUACAGACUCAUCUUUCCAGGAAUUUAGGGCUGUUCCGGCACAACAGAACUCCUCGGGAAUUGGUACUUUAAGGUAUUUGAAUGGGUUUUAUCUGGCAGAAUGUUGGGUCAAAAAUAAGCUUUUCUUUCCAAAUUUCUCCUUAUUCAGUGGGACUUAUUUAACAUGUAAAGGGGUUUAGUAUAUAUGUAACUUUGGAAAACUAUAUAUUAUAUAGAGAAUAAUAUAUAGGAAGCUGAAAUGCAGUGAUAUAACUAACAUCAAAGGACUCUGGUGUUAUUAAAACACAGGAGAGGAACUGGAGAUGAUGCCAGAGUCCAAGAUGUCUCAGUAGCCUUUUGCACCAGUCUGUCUAUUUUGGGUAUUUUACAUAAUGCAUGGGUUUGGUUCCAAUUUCAAUUGAGAAAAAAAAAUGAUUUCCUUUUCACUCUGCCCCACUCCCCCUCUUCCCUGACUUCUGCCCCUCAGAGGGGGAGAAAGAGCCAUUUUGCUUACCUGCCUUCCCAUUUAUUUAAACAAACAAUAAAGUAAAUGGGGUGUAUGGAUUAAGCCCAAAAAGGACGAUUCUGAGGGGACUACUAGAGGAACAUUGGUGACCUCUCUCCCCCAACCCACCCCCCCAAUACACAAUAUAUCCCCAACACACAAAAUCACCAUGACCCCUCAUGACUGCCAAUUAGGUCUUGUUCCAUGAAUCCAUGUAUUAUGUAAAGUGUAAUAUCUAAAUGUAAAUGUAAUGCUUGUUAUGAAAAGUGCAAUUGACUGUACAUUGUCCCCCCCAAAUGUCUACUUUUCUAUUUGUUACGAACUUGUUCGGAUUAGUACCUGUUUUCAUUGUGUGGAUGACGGCGCCUUGUAAAAUAAACAGAACUGCAACCAA